UUUAUGGAAAAUGAUAUGCAAUACUAGUAGUAAAAACCACAGUGAUUAAUUAGUGAUUACUGUGUGGUACGUGCAUCUCACGCACUUUUGGAAUUGUCGUAUUCUAACCAAUUUCGGUUGGUUGUGUUGUGCAUCUCACUUCUGAGUGGUAGCUUGUGUAGUGCUUCGGUGUGUUUUGUUUCGAGACACACCAAAGAAUGAGGCCUCAGAUCCUACUCUUUGGUGAUUCAAUCACUGAACAGUCCUUCAGACCUGGUGGCUGGGGUGCUGCUCUUGCUGAUACUUACUCUCGCAAGGCUGAUGUAUUAGUUCGUGGAUAUGGUGGUUACAACACCAGAUGGGCUUUGUUUUUGCUGCAUCAUCUAUUCCCACUGAAUGUUGCAAAGCCUCCCGCCGCAGUCACAAUUUUCUUUGGUGCCAAUGAUGCAGCUAUCUUAGGAAGGACAAGUGAACGACAACAUGUUCCAAUUGAUGAGUACAAGGAGAAUCUCAGAAAAAUAGUUCUUCAUUUGAAGGAAUGCUCCCCAACUGUGUUGAUUGUGCUUAUUACUCCACCUCCUGUUGAUGAGGAAGGGCGAGAUGACUUUGCGAGAUCUUUAUACGGCGAAAAUGCUAGGGAAUUACCUGAGAGGACAAAUGAAGUAACAGGAGUCUAUGCAAAGCAGUGUGUUGAACUAGCUAAAGAAAUGGGAAUUCGCUACAUCGAUCUAUGGACCAAGAUGCAGGAAACAGAAGGUUGGAAGAAGAAAUUCCUAAGUGAUGGUUUGCACCUGACACCAGAUGGCAAUGCUGUGGUACAUCAAGAGGUCACCCGAGUUUUCAACGAAGCCUGGUUUUCUCCGGUGGAAAUGCCAUUCGAUUUCCCUCACCACUCACAAAUCGAUGGGAAGAACCUCGAGAAGAUUUUCCAGGAAAGAUGCUUGUAAUCCAACAUUUUGUAGCACCUGAUAAAUCAUAUUAUAGGAUUCCUUUUCAAUUUUUAGUCAAAUUAUUAACUCUAUUGACUUUUCUUUAAUAAGGGUGUAUGGUUCUUGGUGAUUAUGAUUCCAUAUUAGAGUAAUGUUAGAGAUAUCCAUAAUUUUUACACCUAAAAAGUACACACAAAUGAAAUUCCCAUAACUUUUUAUCAACUUCUGUAUGAACUGUCAUAUUUUGAAGUGUAAAUAUUGAAUGUUAUUUUGGACUU